AUGUCCGAAUCAGAACUAUCAGCUACUGAGGUUGAGCUUGCUCGCAAGUAUGAUCUGACGCCCAAGCUGACUGCUUUUUUGGACCGUCACUUGAUCUACCCGUUGAUCAUGGCUCUAGAUCUCAUUUACGAUGAGAACACCGUCACGCAAUUGUCCUACGAUCUGUUGAAGGACACUUACAUGGUCAAAUUUGAGAAGUCAAAGUUCUCUAAUUUGUAUCCUGGUAAGGAAUUUCCAAAAGAACUUCUUGAGAAGGAGGAAUUUGUGCAGAAGGAGCUUGUUAGAUUGGACGAGAAGACCAAAGAGACCUUGAACGUUCUAGCCCAGCAAUCUGUUCAGGAGCACUUGAAGCAGGACAAAGAAUACAACAGACAGUUCUUGGAAAAGGAACACGGAAUUACAGAAGAAAAGGUGUUGGAACUGUACGAGUUCGGCCAGCUCCAAUACAACAGAGGAGACUAUAUGAUGGCUUCCGAUCUUCUCAAUAACUUCAGGGUUCUUUCCACCAACUCUGAUUUGAACAUCAGCGCAACUUGGGGUAGACUGGCAUCUGAGAUUAUCAGUCUUGAAUGGGAUACUGCUCUUGAGGAGCUGGUCAAGCUUCGUGAGCUCAUCGAUUCUAGAUCCUUCAGUGAUCCUCUCACUCAACUCCACCACAGAACCUGGGUUAUCCACUGGUCUUUGUUCCCUUAUUUCAACAUUGAAAACGGUUUGGAGCAACUGUCUGACUUAUUCUUUUCGUCCACUUAUCUCUCAACUAUCCAGGCCUCCUGUCCCUGGAUUUUGAGGUAUUUGGUGGCUGCAGUUGUCUCCACUUCCCCAAAGCAUCACUCCUCUUUUGAGUUCCAAAAGAGACUCAGGGAUUUGAUCCGCGUGGUUUCCCAAGAGCAAUACGAAUACCAGGAUCCUCUUACCGAGUUCAUCAGAGCUUUGUACGUGGACUUUGACUUCGAAGCCGCGAUAGCCAAGCUGACAGAAGUGGAGGUUGUGAUCAAGGCUGACUUUUUCCUGUCCAACGGUGCCGGCCAGUUUCUUGAAAGUGCCAGACAUCUGAUCUUUGGAGUCUACUGCAGAGUUCAUGAAAAGAUGGACCUCCAACAAUUAUCCGCUUCUCUGAACCUCUCCAAAGAUGAAGGAGAAAAAUGGAUCGCCAACCUCAUCCGCGAUACCAAGAUGGACGCCAAAAUCAACGAAAGCGAGGGUACGGUUAUCAUGAAUCAUCCAGCUAAUAGUGUUUACCAGCAAGUCAUAAAGAAGACAAAGGGUCUUUCUUUCAGAUCAAACCAAAUUCUAAUGGCUGCUCUUCAAAAAGAGUCCUCUUGA